AUUUCCAAAAUAGUACUAAAAAAUGGAUUCUACAGCAAUAGACGACUCUAAAAUACACUCUCGUAUCUGUGUGGAAGAUGGAGAUAUUGUUGCAGAGUGUGAUGUUACUGAAUACGAGCUUGUAGAUACUGGCAAUGAUGAUGGCAGCAAUCAAUUUAAGAACAGCUUUAGAGUGAAGAAAGAAUAUUUCAUUAGCCACAAAUAAAGAUGUUUAUGAGGACUAUGAUUUUGAUCCAGUGCCACUUGGUCAAGGCAACUUUGGAAUUGUCUACAAAGGUACUGAGAAAUCUACCGGAGAGGUCAGGGCGAUAAAGCAGAUUAAUGUUGAUGAUAUAAAGGGAGGCAAGCAGACUAAUUCUGAUACCAACCUCAGCAAUGAUCCCUUUGCUGAUAAAGCAAAGACCAUGUAUAAGAAUUUCAUCAAUGAGCUGACUUCUUUGAAGACACUUGAUCACCCAAAUAUUAUCAAAUUAUUUGAAGUUUAUGAAAACGAUAAUGCAGUUUACCUAGUCCAGGAGUACUGCGAUCAAGGUGAGCUCUUCGAGUACGUUGCAGAGAAGGAGUGACUUACUGAAAAAGAAGCAGCACAUUUCUUCCAACAAAUGGUUAGCGCAAUUAUUUAUUGCCAUAAAAAUCGUAUAUGACAUCGAGACUUGAAGCCUGAAAACUUUAUGCUAAGCAAGCGAGGAGAUGAACUUGUUGUAAAACUCAUUGAUUUCGGCAUCUCUAGGUCUUAUUUCAAGAUAGAUUGCGAAAGAGGAGCCCAGAUAUUAAGAAUGCAGAGUUACGCAGGGACAACCCCCUACAUGGCUCCAGAAAUAUUCAAGAGAAACUACUCGAAUUCCUGUGACACAUGGUCCCUUGGGGUUAUUUUAUACAUUUUACUAUCUGGAUACACUCCUUUUGGCGGUGACAAUGAUGAAGAGAUCAAGGAAAGGAUACUAGAGCUUGAUUAUGACUUUGAUGAUGAAUGAUGGACCGAUGUUUCACAGUCUUCUAAAGACCUAAUUUCCUGCUGACUUGAGGAAGAAACCAAAAGAAUCACUCCUAAAGAAGCCUUGAAUCACCCAUGGUUUGACGAAGCUAUUCAAGAAACAAAGGCUGCUAAUGAGAUGCUAUGCGAGAGGCUGAAGAACUUCCAGAACUGUACGAAACUACGUAAGACCAUUCUCUGCUUUUUGGCAGCUAAGUCUUCGGAUCAAGAUCUGAAGGAAGAAAUAGAGCUUUUUAACCAAAUUGAUACUAACAAGGAUGGAUACAUUACUCUGAAAGAGAUGAAGAAAGCUUUGAGCAAGAUCCCCUCGAUUGAUCCAGAUAAGAUAGAAGAAAUUGUGAAGAACUUGGAUAUGGAAAAUAAUGGAGCGAUCAACUAUAAUGAAUUCCUUGCUGCAGUAUUAGGUGAAUCUAUAGCAAAGGAUUACAACAAGGUCACUCAAGCCUUCAAGUUCUUUGAUAAAGAUAAUAAUGGGUAUAUCGAGGACAAGGAGCUCAAGGAAGCCCUCACAGGUGCUGAGUUCAAACAUCUAGAUACAGGCAUUUUUACUGAGAUUAUUGAUGAGUGUGAUAGCAAGGAGAAGGGUGUUAUUAAUAUGAAAGAAUUUAUGAGAGUAAUGAGUGUCAAAUUCGAAGAUUCAUUGCAAUCCAGCUUGUUCUUAUCAACAGCUGAAUAAUAUAAUAACCAAAGGUUGAAAUAAAGAUUUCA